AUGAACAUGGAGAACCAAGGAGCAACAGCAGACCCUCAGCUUCAGCAAUUCAUCGAAAUCGAGUCCCAAAAACAAAGGUUUCAGCAGUUGGUCCAUCAGAUGACUGAAGUGUGUUGGGUAAGAAACGUUUCUGCAAUGAUAUCUAGCAUGCUAGCUAGGUGAGCUAACUAGCUACUUGAACACCAAGUGAAUGAAUGCAUAGACAUGGACAGUUAGCCAAUAGUACAAUGGGCUUGUAGACUCCUUGAUUGUACUAACUAGUUUGUGUUUAGUAGCUAGUUAGUUGGUAAUGCCGGUUAGUUACAGCAUCAUUGGGACGUCCCAACUCUGACGUCACCCCAUUGAAGUUGACGUUUCAAACGGUUAAGGUUAGGGACGCCCCAAAGAUUCCGGAUAACACGAACCGUAAAAUAGUGUUUUAAAUGUGAACAAGUUAUUCAUGCAUGAUGCAAUGUCCUCCACUCCAUGCAAUGACGUGAUCCAACCAAUGAUUGAACACCUGUCUGCUCUGGUUCCCUACAGGAGAAAUGCAUGGACAAACCUGGGCCAAAGCUGGACUCCAGGACAGAGAUCUGCUUUGUGAACUGUGUAGAGCGCUUCAUUGACACUAGCCAAUUCAUCCUGAACAGACUGGAGCAGACACAGAGGAGUAGGGGCUCCUUCUCAGAAUCCAUGUCUGAAUAG